AUGUCUGAAGAGCAAAAUAACCAGAUGAAAAACGCCCAUGUUAUCUUAGUAGAUAAGAACGACAAUGUAUUGGGAGAAGUAAGUAAAUAUAAAGCUCAUAGAACUGAGCCAGAACCACUUUUACAUCGAGCAUUUUCAUUAUUCUUAUUUGAUUCAAAGAAACGUUUACUUUUACAGCAAAGAUCUGCAAAUAAAAUCACAUUUCCUCACAUUUGGGUUAAUACUUGCUGCUCUCAUCCAGAACCAAAUGAAUAUAUACUUGAUGCAUCAGUCAGACGUGUUAAUUUGGAACUCAAUAUAAAGCUUAACGAAGAUUCCAAACUCCAGGAAUUAGGUUCUUUCGUUUACAAAGCAAUUUACGAGAAUGGCUGGGCUGAAUAUGAACUUGACCAUGUUAUUUUAGGAUAUUAUGAUGUUGAAGCCAUUAGUCCAAACCCAGAGGAAGUUCAAAAUGUUAAAUGGGUCACAAAAACCGAAUUUGAGCAAUGGUUAAAUGAAAGACCUCAAGAAUUGUCUCCUUGGCUCAAGAAGAUUUGGGCACAGUUCUUAAGUAAGAAUUGGGAUAAAUGGUGCGAUAAUAAGCACAUUCCAGAACAAGAAUUGACAUUAUUACCUAUUGAUUUAGAAUAA